UUGUAUUUAAUUAAUUAAAAAGACUUGCGUCUUUUCAAAGCUGUUCAAACUGAAUAACAUAACGCUCACCAACAUGUCUACGCUAUCCAUCCGACCAGCGGUCUUCCAGAAAUUCGUAGAUCCCAAGCCCAAUAAGACAAUGGCCGGAUUUGUGAAAAUGGCUAUUGAUCGAUAUGUGGACGUUUUUGAUUCCUACAGCGAUCCACGUACCGCUCAUUGGCCAAUGAUGCAAAGUCCAUUUCCAUCGCUAUUAUUGGUUGCAACAUAUUUAUAUUUCGUCACAUUUUUGGGACCAAGAAUUAUGGCUAAUCGAAAACCUUUCAAGUUAACAAAAAUACUAUUGGUCUAUAACAUAUUUCAAGUUGUGAUGAGUGCAAUUAUGGUAUACGAGCACUUCAUGGCCGGAUGGGCAGUUGGUUAUAGUUAUGUAUGCCAACCUGUAGAUUACUCAAAUAGUCAACAAGCCUUAAGAAUGGCUAAUUUAUGUUGGUGGUAUUACAUGUCAAAAUUAAGUGAAUUCGCUGAUACGAUUUUCUUUGUACUACGUAAAAAAGAUAGUCAAAUCACAUGGUUACAUUUAUACCAUCACAGCAUUACACCUUUGGAAACUUGGAUCUGCGUUAAAUUCAUUCCAGGUGGACAUGGAACAUUUGGUAAUCUAUUAAAUAAUAUUGUGCAUGUUAUUAUGUACGCAUAUUAUUUGGUUGCUGCAAUGGGACCACAAUACCAAAAAUAUUUAUGGUGGAAGAAAUACCUUACAUCUAUCCAAUUGUUACAAUUUGCCCUUGUAUUCGUACAUUCUGCACAAUUAUUAUGGUUUGAUUGUGGAUACCCAAGAAUACUUGGUCCAUUAUUAAUCAUUCAUAGUGUAAUAUUCUUCGCAUUAUUCUCAAACUUCUAUGCGAAAAAAUAUGUACCACCAGCCGAAAAGACUGUCAAACAACAUUAA